CGCCUCUACCCUCGCUAGAUCAUCACAACAACGCCCCGGCCUCCUUCCCAGGAAACCAGCUGUCCAGCACCGGCUGUGCACCUAAUCGACUUCGAUCCUGGGCCUCACCGUCCCGCCACCCUCAUUCACCUCGCCCCCGGCGACUCCACUGCCUUGCUCUCCGCACCACGCUCGCCUUCGCCGCAGCACCCGCCCCGACCUACACGGCGCCCUUAAUACUACUUUUUGACAUUGCCGCCUGUAAUGCCCAUUGUUUGAGUUUCCCCAUCGCAACCUCAAUCUUCCCGCACGAUGUCCGGACAUCCGCAGGGAGGCCAGUACGAUGAUGGCUACGCCCAUCAGGGCCAGGGCCAGGCCCAGCCGCACGGCCAGGACUCGUACUACCACGAUGACCAGCAGUACGGCCAGUACCACGACGAUGCCCGCGGCCAGCAGGGCCAGUAUCAGCAGAACGGCAACGACGCCUACUAUGACGAGCAGGGCUACUACGACGGCCAGCACCCUCAGCAGAACGGCGGGUAUUACGAUGAUCACAACGGUCAGCAGAAUUACCAGGAUGAAUACUACAACGACCAGUACUACGACCAAGGCGGUGCUCAGGAUGGGUACGCCCCGAACGCACAGGGUGGCCAGCCUAGACGCCGCCCGAACGACAACGAGGAGGACUCUGAGACCUUCAGCGACUUCACUAUGAGAUCCGACAUGGCCCGCGCAACCGACAUGGACUACUACGGCCGCGGCGAUGAAAGGUACAACAGCUACAACGGCGGCGAUGGCCAGCGUGGCUACCGCCCUCCUUCCUCGCAAGUCUCGUACGGUGGCAACCGCUCUUCAGGUGCCUCAACUCCCAUCUACGGCAUGGACUACUCGAACGCCCUUCCUGCCGGACAGCGCUCCCGCGAACCCUACCCCGCUUGGACCACAGAGGCUCAAAUCCCUUGCACAAAAGAGGAGAUUGAGGAUAUCUUCCUCGACCUCACUGCCAAGUUUGGUUUCCAGCGUGACAGCAUGAGGAACAUGUACGACCAUCUCAUGACUUUGCUCGACUCGCGUGCAUCGCGCAUGUCGCCCAACCAGGCUCUCCUCUCCCUCCACGCAGAUUACAUUGGUGGCGAGAACGCCAAUUACCGCCGAUGGUACUUUGCUGCUCAUCUCGAUCUCGACGAUGCUGUCGGUUUCGCCAACAUGAACCUUGGAAAGGCCGGCCGUAGGACGCGCAAGGCCCGCAAGGCCGCAAAGAAGAAGGCUGGCGAGAACCCUGAGAACGAAGCCGAGACUCUUGAGGCUUACGAGGGCGACAACAGUCUGGAAGCCGCCGAGUACCGCUGGAAGACAAGGAUGAACAGCAUGUCGCAGCACGACCGUGUUCGCCAGGUCGCCCUCUACCUGCUCUGCUGGGGUGAAGCCAACCAGGUUCGUUUCAUGCCUGAGUUGCUCUGCUUCAUCUUCAAGUGCGCAGACGACUACGUCAACUCUCCCGCUGGCCAAGCUCAGACCGAACCUAUUGAGGAGUUCACAUACCUGAACGAAAUCAUCACCCCUCUGUACCAGUACUGCCGUGAUCAAGGUUACGAGAUUGCCGACGGCAAGUACGUCCGCCGUGAGCGCGACCACUCUUCCAUCAUUGGAUACGACGACAUCAACCAGCUGUUCUGGUACCCUGAGGGUCUCGAGCGCAUCGUGUUCGAGGACAAGUCCCGCAUGGUCGAUCUCCCUCCCGCUGAUCGUUACGCAAAGCUUAAGGACGUCAUCUGGAAGAAGGUUUUCUUCAAGACAUACUAUGAGCGCCGCUCGUGGUUCCAUAUGCUGGUUAACUUCAACCGUAUCUGGGUCAUCCACUUGUCAGCUUUCUGGUUCUACACCGUCUUCAACUCUCAACCUCUCUACACUCCAAAGUACGAGCAGCAACUGGAUAACCGCCCCGACAAGGCUCUUGUUAUGUCCGCUGUCGCGCUCGGUGGAGCUGUCGCCGCAUUGAUCAACGUCCUCGCUACCUGCAUAGAGUGGAUCUACGUUCCCCGCAAGUGGGCUGGUGCUCAGCACUUGACCAAGCGUCUUCUGUUCCUCAUCGUGGUUUUGGUAAUCAACGUCGGGCCUAGUGCCUACAUUUUCUUCGUUUCCACAAAGGGAACGAUCGCCAACGUGUUGGGUGGUGUUCAACUAACCAUCGCCUUCAUCACCUACAUCUUCUUCUCGAUCAUGCCCCUCGGUGGUCUCUUUGGAAGCUAUCUGACUCGCAACUCGCGCAAGUACGUUGCCAGUCAGACCUUCACAGCCAGCUACCCUCGCCUCAAGGGUAAUGACAAGUGGAUGUCUUAUGGCCUCUGGGUUCUGGUCUUUGGCGCCAAGCUCGCCGAGUCCUACUUCUUCUUGACUUUGUCGAUCAAGGACCCCAUCCGUAUCUUGUCGCACAUGAAGAAACCUGAAUGCCUUGGAGAUGCCAUCUUCGGAGAUAUUCUGUGCAAGUACCAACCCAGGAUCUUGCUCGGUCUCAUGUACUUCAUGGAUUUGAUUCUCUUUUUCCUGGAUUCUUAUCUGUGGUACAUCAUUGCCAACAUGUUGUUCUCCGUGUCCCGAUCCUUCUACCUUGGUGUCUCUAUCUGGACUCCUUGGAGGAACAUUUUCUCUCGUCUGCCGAAGCGUAUCUACUCGAAGGUCCUCGCCACCACAGACAUGGAGAUCAAGUACAAGCCUAAGGUCCUGAUCUCCCAGAUCUGGAACGCUGUCAUCAUCUCCAUGUACCGCGAGCAUCUCCUUGCUAUCGACCACGUCCAGAAGUUGCUGUACCACCAGGUUCCUUCUGAGCAAGAAGGCAAGCGCACUCUCCGCGCUCCUACUUUCUUCGUCUCACAGGAAGAUCACUCAUUCAAGACCGAGUUCUUCCCCGCUCAGAGCGAGGCCGAGCGUCGUAUUUCUUUCUUCGCUCAGUCUCUGUCUACGCCUAUCCCCGAGCCUCUGCCUGUUGACAACAUGCCUACAUUCACCGUCAUGAUUCCUCACUACGGAGAGAAGAUUCUUCUUUCGCUCCGCGAGAUCAUCCGUGAAGACGAGCCAUACUCUCGUGUUACCCUCCUCGAGUAUCUCAAGCAGCUUCAUCCUCACGAAUGGGACUGCUUCGUCAAGGACACCAAGAUUCUUGCGGACGAGACCUCACAGUUUAACGGAGACGAUGAGAAGGGCGAGAAGGAUACCGCUAAGAGCAAGAUUGACGAUCUCCCCUUCUACUGCAUUGGUUUCAAGUCUGCCGCUCCCGAGUACACCCUCCGAACCCGUAUCUGGGCCUCGCUCCGCUCUCAGACUCUCUACCGCACUAUUUCUGGCUUCAUGAACUACAGCCGUGCGAUCAAGCUUCUCUACCGUGUUGAGAACCCCGAGGUUGUUCAGAUGUUUGGUGGCAACUCGGACAAGCUGGAGCGCGAGCUCGAACGCAUGGCGAGGCGCAAGUACAAGAUCUGUGUUUCUAUGCAGCGAUACGCCAAGUUUUCUAAGGAGGAGCGCGAGAACACCGAGUUCCUGCUCCGUGCAUACCCCGAUCUUCAAAUUGCCUACCUGGACGAGGAGCCGCCUGUCAACGAGGGUGACGAGCCCCGCAUCUACUCUGCUCUGAUCGAUGGCCACUCUGAGAUCAUGGAAGAGAACGGUCUGCGUCGACCCAAGUUCCGCGUUCAGCUUUCCGGUAACCCCAUUCUUGGUGAUGGAAAGUCCGACAACCAGAACCACGCUAUUAUCUUCUACCGUGGUGAAUACAUCCAGGUUAUCGACGCCAAUCAGGACAACUACCUCGAGGAGUGCCUGAAGAUCCGCAGCGUUCUCGCUGAGUUCGAAGAGAUGACUACCGACAAUGUUUCUCCCUACACCCCCGGUCUUCCCAACACCAACUUCAACCCCGUCGCUAUUCUCGGAGCCCGUGAAUACAUUUUCUCUGAGAACAUUGGUAUUCUCGGUGACGUUGCCGCCGGAAAGGAACAGACAUUCGGUACUAUGUUCGCCCGUACCCUGGCUCAGAUUGGUGGUAAGCUCCAUUACGGUCAUCCCGAUUUCCUCAAUGGUAUCUUCAUGACAACUCGUGGUGGUAUAUCCAAGGCUCAGAAGGGUCUCCAUCUCAACGAAGAUAUUUACGCCGGUAUGACCGCUCUCCUCCGUGGUGGUCGCAUCAAGCACUGCGAGUACUACCAGUGUGGUAAGGGUCGUGAUUUGGGUUUCGGUUCCGUCCUCAACUUCACUACCAAGAUUGGUACUGGUAUGGGUGAGCAGAUGUUGUCUCGCGAGUACUACUACAUGGGCACCCAGCUGCCUCUCGAUCGUUUCCUGUCGUUCUACUACGCCCAUCCCGGUUUCCACGUCAACAACAUGUUCAUUAUGUUGUCGGUGCAAAGCUUCAUGUUCGUCCUCAUCCACUUGGGAGCGCUCAACCACGAGACCAUUCUCUGUCAGUUCGACAAGGACCUCCCGAUCACAGACCCCCAAUGGCCUAACGGCUGUGCCAACUUGGUUCCCGUCUUUGACUGGGUCGCACGUUGUAUCAUGUCCAUUUUCAUCGUCUUUUUCAUCGCUUUCGUGCCUCUUGUCGUCCAAGAGCUGACUGAGCGUGGUUUCUGGCGCGCUGCUACUCGUCUGGCCAAGCACUUCUCGUCUGGAUCGCCUUUCUUCGAGGUUUUCGUUAUCCAGAUCUACGCAAACUCACUCCAGACUAACUUGUCCUUCGGAGGUGCUCGUUACAUUGGUACUGGCCGUGGUUUCGCCACUGCUCGCAUUCCCUUCGGUAUCCUUUACUCCCGUUUCGCUGGACCUUCAAUUUAUCUGGGAGCUCGUUCCCUGAUGAUGUUGGUCUUUGCAACGAUCACCGUUUGGGGUCCAUGGCUCAUCUACUUCUGGGCGUCCCUGUUGUCUCUCUGCCUCGCGCCGUUCCUCUUCAACCCUCACCAGUUCUCUUGGGACGAUUUCUUCACCGACUACAGGGAAUACCUCCGCUGGUUGUCUCGUGGAAACACCCGUUCCCACAGCGCCUCUUGGAUCGGUUACUGCCGUCUGUCCCGAACACGUAUCACUGGUUACAAGCGCAAGGCUCUUGGAGAUCCAUCUGCCAAGCUCUCUGGAGAUGCUCCUCGUGCACCUUUCACCAACAUCUUCCUGGCUGAGGUUCUCGGUCCCCUGGUCUUGGUAGCUGUCACUGUCAUCCCUUACCUUUUCAUCAACGCGCAGACUGGUGUACCCAACCGCAACACAGAGUUCGACUCGGAGACACUCAGCGAUGGACAAAACACUCCACCAGCUUCUGGUGCUCUGGUCCGUAUCGCCGUCAUCGCUUUCGGUCCUAUUGCCGUCAAUGCUGGUGUUCUCGCGGGUCUUUUCGGCUUGGCCUGUUGCGCGGGUCCUCUCCUCGGCAUGUGCUGUAAGAAGUUCGGUGCUGUUCUUGCCGCCAUCGCUCACGCCAUCGCCGUCAUCAUGCUCUUGGUCUUCUUCGUCGUCAUGAUGUUCUUGGAAGGCUUCAGUUUCCCUAGGGCACUUUCUGGUAUGAUCGCCGUUGUCGCCAUCCAGCGUUUCUUCUUCAAGCUUAUUAUCACGCUCGCUCUCACCCGUGAGUUCAAGUCUGAUACUUCUAACAUCGCCUGGUGGACCGGCAAAUGGUACACGAUGGGAUGGCACACUCUUUCCCAGCCUGGCCGUGAAUUCCUCUGCAAGAUCACCGAGCUCGGAUUCUUCGCUGCCGACUUCAUUCUGGGACACGUCUUGCUUUUCUUCAUGCUUCCCAUGCUCCUGGUUCCCUAUGCCGACACAUUCCACUCGGUGGCGCUGUUCUGGCUGCGACCAAGUCGUCAAAUCCGUCCUCCGAUCUACUCGCUGAAGCAGACCAAGCUUCGCAAGCGCAGAGUGGUUCGUUACGCCAUUCUGUACUUCGUGCUUCUUGUCGUCUUCCUCGCUCUUAUUGUCGGUCCCAUUGUGGCUGGCAAGCAAAUCAAGCUCGCACUCGAUCUGCCCAUGGAGCUUCUCCAGCCCACAGGAUACAGCAACAACGACACGUCGGCCUCCACGACUGGCACUUGUAUCACGAACCCGUGCCCAGGGUACCGGGGUGGUCAAGAGGGUCAAGACUCUGGAGAUUCUAGCGAUUCGGCUGCGGCCUCAUCAACAGAAGCAGCUCGCCGCUUCCGUCGUUACAUGGCGUAUUAAAAGUUGGUGACAACUGGCUGAUGAGGAGAAGUCAACAGCCCUGACAUUUUGCAUUUGUACAACAUGGGCGGAAGCAUAGCGUGGAGACCUGGUCGGUCCCGUAACGAUUAUAAUAUUCGACUUGGCCUUUGUUUUUGUUUGGGGUUGAGUGGAGCUAGAUGCACUUCAACCUCUCUUUUGGCACCAUUACUCCGUUAGAAUCGCGGACUUUGCACAUAUCUACGAUGGGAUCGUUUUGGUUCAUGGGACGGCGAAUAUGUUAGAAGAGACUGCAACACAUUUUAAAUACAUGAAGAUUUCAAUUUCAACUGUUUCUUUUGAGUGAUAAUGUGUUUA